AUGAUUCCAGCCAAUGUUGGCGAGCUGCCUGUGAGUUGGAAAUAUUAACCUACACUUGAUGGCAUAUUUUCGAGUGCAGUGAUUUAUUGAUUCUGCGGAUUUUGAUUUAAGUAACACCAUAAAACAUGUUCAUGAUAACAAACGUAAUGCACUUUCGUCCGUAUUUCCUUUCUUGGAAUAUGAUUCAGUGUUUAAGCCUACUACUACUAAAAUUAGGUCACAUCUUAGAGAUGUUUACAAUGGCUGUUCUUUUUUGAAUAAAUAUAGGUGGUUUGUGACGCUAAUCCUAUUUGCAAACUUUAUCGAUUGCGGCCGGUGUUUUCCUCUCGGAGGCAUUAAGGCUGUCACGAAAACUGCUUUUAGAGUUUUCCUAUCUGCAAAGGUGACAGUUAUCUUAUCAAGGUCGUCGGCGUAACCUCAACGGCGCGAGCUGGUGCUUGUCAUGCAAAUGUUGGGGAGAUGGGGGAAGGGAAGUCUGGUCAGGGACUGUCAUCCCUGCCGGAUUAGUCAGUUUAGGUUUCUCUGUUUAUUUUAGUCUUGGAGGGUUUCUGGAUUAAGUCAGUCUGCAUGCCGGAAUUUCGACUUUUAUUUGCACAGGAGCUAGGCAAAAUUGUGUCUUUGAUUACGCCUUCAUUUUGUUAAAGUCUGCGUUCUGAGUGACAAAGUGCAUGAAUCACAACAGACGCCAGAGGUCAUUUAAAACGGGUGCGUGCUUCUUUGCUAUAAAAAUUCUAAAUCGUAGUGAUUGAAAUGUAAGUUUCAUAUUUGUCUGAUAUUUUGCAACCAUGGACAACCGGCGUAUACGUUUUGGUGCGACGUCUUUUUCGGUGGCUGUGCAUGCUCUUAGUCCGUGUUGGAGGACCUUUUUUUCUAUGGUAAUUUCUGACUUAAACGCCGUUUUCAGUUUGUCAUAUAACGAGCUCAGGCAGAAAUUAUAAUUUGACAUUCAAGCUACGGUGCGGGUGAUGAACUUGCCGUAUACUAAUUCUAAUCUAAAAUUUAAUUUACAAAAAAUUAUAUUACACUACCAUCAUUAUCCUUGAACUCUGCAAUUGUUCGCAUGGGGAAUCACCGACAACUAAUCGCUACCUUUUGGAUGUUUGGGAGAAAAUGUACGCUUAAAUGCCCGUGUUGCCAAACGGGAGGUGGCUGAGUUGCUAUUUACUAGACAUCUUAUGCUACCUAAGAAAAGCUUGCAAUAUUUCAGUACGAAUAUAGUAGUUUUGCUACGUUUUAAAGAGUUUAGUGUCAUUUCAAAGAAAGACUCACACGAAAAUGAAAUAAGUGCGUUUAAAAAUGUUGCACACGUACCGAGUUCGCAUUGUACUGUAAUUUUAAAAUCCUGCUUAAAAUUCGUAAAACGUACAUGCAAUUUCCUAUUUGGCUUUCACUUAGUUUUUAAUAUAUACGCUAAAACCAAGCCCCCGCCACGAAGUGACUUGUGAAUACAGCGGUUGGAAUAGCUGGUCGUUGCCGGAAAGUAAAUGAUAUUCAGCGACUGAGCAUGGUCAUCUCAGGAAAAAAGGGGUUUUAACUAUAGAAAUGUUUAACUUCUGAUAUGCGGUUCUGUAUUCGGCCUCACUGAUUUAGAACUUUAUUUUGACCUAAACGCGAAAAACAUGGCAACUUUGGUUUGAUCCAAACCAAAGAAAACAAGCGAACGUCUCACGUACAGCCAACCGGAACGCAUGAGUUUGGUCAGACUUUUGUGUGGUUUCUCGCCCAAUCUGAUCCAACGUAUGUAAUCCACCAAAUCUAAAACAGCAGGCCGACUGAGCAAUCGGGAUUUACUGAUUAAUCAGGUAAUUAUUUAAAAUCUGCUUAAACACCUAUCAAUGAAGAAUUCGCAAAGGAGGAAUACAGUCAACAAAAAGACCGCAAAAGAGGAGUGGUCUGUUAUCGUGUCUUGUGUCGAGAAAAGCUGCUAAGGCUGCUUUAUCAAAUGAGAUCUCUUCACAGUUUGAGCGGGGUCGCAGUUAAGAGAAUACACACAGGAUAUGACAAGCAAAUAAUUGCCCUGCUAUAACUAUCGCCCAGUAUUGUUAGGUAAUUAAAUAACGCAGUCUAUUUUUCACGUUUUUUCUACGUUGAUCCAGUAAAUAUAAUGACAUUCAUUAAAGAAACUCAGGGAAAUCAGCCUACCCUGGGUAGCGACUACUUAAAAAACCUGGAUAGCAAUAAAGUAUGCACAUAUGUGGCUUAGUUGUGAAAGGUUCGGCGACCCCAGCAGGAGUCAGACGUCGACUUUAGUGGUUGCAGCGUCGAUUGGGCGGUUUGGAUCUCAGUGGGACUAUCGAGGCUCAUAAAAAGGAGCACGAUGACUUAUUUUACUUUGCCACAACAUCAAUUAAGCAUGAAUAAGUUAACGGUGUUCAGUCAAAACAUCAUAUAUCCCUUAUGUUUAGCAGCUAGGUACUAAUCGACCGUAAUUCAGAUUAUGAAAAUACAAAAUUAUUAAGUUUUGAAGAAGAAGAAGAAGAAGAAGAAGAUGAUGAUGAUGAUGAUGAUGAUGAUGAUGAUGAUGAUGAUGAUGAUGAUGAUGAUGAUGAUGAUGAUGAUGAUGAUGAUGAUGAUGAUGAUGAUGAUGAUGAUGCGAUCAAUGAACCAAGAGGUUUAUUGGCCUGA